UGUGAUAAGUGAUAAGCUUUAUGUCAAAAAUGACAGUGACAUUGAGUAAAUAAACAAGAAGUAGUAAACAAAAAGAAAAAAAUAUGAAAUUGAACAGCAAUACUAAAAUUAUUGGGCGAAAUGUAAUACUAGUCCCAUACAGGGAUUAUCAUGUACCUAAAUACCAUAAAUGGAUGAAAUCUGAAGAACUUCAGAAGCUUACAGCCUCUGAACCAUUAACUCUAGAACAAGAAUAUGAAAUGCAAAAAUCUUGGCGAGAAGAUGAUGAUAAAUGCACAUUUAUAAUACUAGAUAAAAGCCUCUUUGAUGAAUGUAAUGAAGAAGCAGACGCAAUGGUUGGCGACACAAAUAUAUUUAUAACGGACAAGGAACUUGGAGUUGGUGAAAUAGAAAUAAUGAUAGCCGAGGAAUCUGCCAGAGGGAAGAAGUUUGGAUGGGAAGCUGUUGUAUUGAUGUUUCUCUAUGGAAUCCAACAUAUACACUUAAAAACAUUUGAAGCAAAAAUAUCACUGUCUAACAGUAUCAGUAUCAAAAUGUUUCAAAAGUUAGGUUUUCAGGAAAAGUCUUUAAGUGAAGUCUUUCAAGAAAUUACAUUAGAGAAAGUAGUAAAUGCAGAAUGGAUAAAAUGGCUAAAUGAACAAACACAAUAUGAAAUACAGACUUGCUGCUAAAUUAUUGGUCUUUCUAAAAGAAAUAAAAUCAUCAGUUUCUAUGUAAUUUAUACCCAAUGAUAAUAUUAAUAAUUAUGAAUAGACUUUGUCUGCCUUGGUAAAAUCAUAAAUGUAAUAUUUUAUACAUAAGUACAAUUGGAUCCCCUGUAAUGGAAACUAGGCAUUGGUACAAUAUUAUCAAAAUGAACCUGGGAAUUGAACCUGCGACUUUAUUCCGAGUAUUUGGAUUAGGGGAUUAGAACCACUCAACUAGUGUGGUAAGCAAAUUAGGAUAAAUACAAAAUUGCAUAGUUCGCUUAAUGCUAUUGCUAAUUACAUCCCAUUGCAUACAGAUUAUUAACCUACCUAUUGUUAAGUCCGUUACAAAUGGAGAUAAAUAAUAAAAUUAAUCAUCCUACAUAUUUUCAACGACACGUGCCUGUUUUUCAUUCGUUGAACAUAGACAAUGAAUUUGGGUAUAAAAUGUCAAUGUCAGCAAUGAACUGUCAAAUAUAAUUUCUUGUCAUUUUGGAGUGGUGUUGGUUUGAGACUUUUGAAUUAACAAUUAAAUAAUUACAAUGAUAUUUUCAAUAGUUUGUGCUUAUUUAUUAAUUACAACACAAACUUUAUGUCGUGCCGAAAACGAGAUCAAGUCAGAGGAAGAUGUAGGUGUUAAAUAUGCAAAUCGUUGUGAAGUUUGCAAGAUUUUGGCUACAGAGCUACAAGAGAGGCUUGAGCAGACCGGUAAAGUACACGAUGUGAUAGAAAUUGGUUACUCGCUCGAUGACGUGCAACCUAAGAAGAAGACCAAGUAUCAGAAAUCGGAGCUGAGGUUGAUAGAAUCACUGGAAGGCGUUUGUGAAAAGAUUCUGGAGUACAACAUUCACAAAGAACGUCAGGAUAGUACGAGGUUCGCUAAGGGGAUGAGCCAAACGUUUAAAACUCUACAUGGUUUAGUUGACAAGGGUGUGAAGGUGGACCUUGGGAUUCCUUUAGAGUUGUGGGACAAGCCAUCAGCUGAGAUUACUCACAUGAAGACACAAUGUGAGAGUCUUUUGGAGGAGAAUGAGGCAGCUGUUGAGGACUGGUACUGGAACCAUCAAGGGGAGGUAGAUCUGAUCAAGCACUUGUGUACUUACAAUGCGUUGAAGGGGACGGAUGACUCAUGCUUGAAUGAACAACUGACUACUGCCAAGGGUGAGCGGGGAUCAGACAAGUCGGAACUAUGAGAGUUAACAUUGUUUUAGAAAGUAGGUACAAGAACAAUCUGCAUUGAAUGAGUCUGUGUUUAUGAACUUUGUGAUACCAUGAAGGCAUUUCUACUGUAAUAUUUAUUGUAAGAUUAGUAGUUACUAGAUACUUAAGUGUAAUAGUGUAGUUAGUGAAACUGAAUUAUUGAUACCUCAAGUUACUGUACAUUAUGGUCUCUGUUGUAUUACUUAAAUAUUUAUUUUUAUAACUUGAAACAACUUAUGAUCAUUUGUUGCGACGUCAGUGGACAAACCCAGUUUAUUUUGUAUAAGAACUAUUAUUAAUUUGUAUGUCUCUUUUAUCAGUGUUUUGUAUUUGGAUCAACUUAUUUCUUUUAUUUUUGUAUCUGAAUAUUGACUGUACCAUAUUUUUUUAGAAAUAAAAUAUAACUUUACCACUUUCA